CUCUCCCACUGUAUAUGUCAAUUUGUUUCAUUUUAUUACAGUUCCGACCAAUGAGAAAACGUCUGAAAAAGUCAACACAACGACGCGUUUCUGUUGACUAAUAAUACGUUCCCCGCCGUCUCCUUUGGUCUAAAUCUAAUGAUCAUCCUAUGUUAAAUUCAGGAGAAGCUUAAGAUCGCCUCUUCAAAUCAAAAACACAACCAUGGCUGCGCGUACACUCCACGCGCUCUUAGUCUCCACAUUACUCCUCCUCCUCCUUCUCUUCGCCGCGUCACCGUCGACAGCUCAGCAACCGUACGUCAACAACCACCAGCUCGCCUGCGAGGUCCGAACUUUCGACAAUAUAACCAACGGUUUCACCUGUAACGGCCCAGCCUCUUGCCGCUCUUACCUCACUUUCUGGUCUCAACCACCGUACAACACCGCCGACUCAAUCGCCAAACUCCUAAAUGUCUCCGCCGCAGAGAUCCAAUCAAUCAACGACCUCCCAACCGUCACCACCACGAUCCGCACCCGUCAAUUAGUCGUCGUCCCAGCUAACUGCUCAUGCUCCUCCUCCUCCUCCGCCGGAGGAUUUUACCAGCACAACGCCACUUACCAUCUCUCCGGCAACAGAGGAGAAGAGACUUAUUUCUCGGUGGCUAACGAUACUUACCAAGCUUUAUCCACGUGUCAAGCCAUGAUGUCACAGAACAGUUACGGCGAGAAAGAACUAACCCCCGGCUUAAACCUCCUGGUUCCUCUCCGAUGUGCUUGCCCCACCGCGAAACAAACCGCCGCCGGAUUUAAUUACCUCUUGACUUACUUAGUCGCCAUGGGAGAUAGUAUCUCCGUCAUCGCCGAUAUGUUCAACAGCACAUCCGCCGCUAUAACCGAAGGUAACGAGCUUACAUCAGACACUAUCUACUUCUUCACGCCGAUUCUUGUUCCUCUCAGAACUCCACCCACCAAAAUCGUUGCAUCUCCGUCGCCUCCUCCACCGCCUGUUGUUGCUACGCCGCCUCAAACAACCCCCGUUGAUCCUCCGGGAUCCUCUUCUUCUCACAAAGGUAUUUACAUCGGAAUUGGAAUCGGAGCUGGUUUGCUUCUCCUUAUCUCAUUCUUAGCUCUCUGCUUCUACAAACGUAAGUCUAAGAAGAAGUCAUCGUCGUUGUCGACGUCGACGCCGCCGGACCUGAACAAGUUCACUGAUUCAUCUACCAAACAAUCUCUUCCUACAACAACGAGUCAAUGGUCUAUUGAUUUAUCCACUUCAUCAGAAGCUUUUGGUUUAAGAUCCGCAAUCGAAUCGUUAACACUUUACAGGUUCAACGAUCUUCAAUCCGCUACUUCCAAUUUCAGCGACGCAAACAGAAUCAAAGGCUCUGUUUAUCGUGCUACGAUCAACGGAGACGAUGCGGCUGUGAAAGUGAUCAAAGGCGAUGUCUCUUCCUCCGAGAUCAAUCUCUUGAAGAAGCUGAAUCAUUCUAAUAUCAUCCGUCUCUCUGGUUUCUGUAUCCGUGAAGGGACGUCGUACCUUGUCUUCGAGUAUUCGGAGAACGGAUCGAUUAGUGAUUGGCUUCAUUCAUCGGAUAAGAAGACUCUGACAUGGAAACAGAGAGUUGAAAUAGCAAGGGAUGUGGCAGAGGCAUUAGACUAUCUUCAUAACUACAUUACUCCACCUCAUGUCCAUAAGAACUUGGAAUCCACAAACGUACUUCUUGAUUCUAAUUUCAGAGCCAAGAUUGCGAAUUUCGGGGUUGCGAGGAUUCUCGAUGAAGGUGAUCUUGAUCUUCAGUUAACAAGGCACGUUGAAGGAACUCAAGGCUACUUAGCUCCAGAGUAUGUGGAGAACGGAGUCAUAACUCCAAAACUUGACGUGUUUGCUUUUGGAGUUGUGGUUCUUGAGCUUCUUUCAGGGAGAGAAGCAGUGACGAUAAACAAGAAGAAGAAGGAAGGAGGAGGAGAAGAAGAAGAAGAAGUGGAGAUGUUGUGUAAAGUGAUAAACAAUGUGCUUGGAGGAGAGAAUGUAAGAGAGAAGUUAAAAGAGUUCAUGGAUCCAUCCCUAGGGAAUGAGUAUCCGUUAGAGCUGGCUUACACCAUGGCUCAGCUUGCCAAGAGCUGUGUUGCAACUGAUAUUAACUCGCGCCCAUUGGUAGCUCAGGUUCUAACCACGCUCUCGAUGAUCGUCUCCUCCUCCAUCGAUUGGGAGCCUUCUCAUGACCUUCUUCAUUCGGGCUCUCUUGGCAACUAGUUCAUUUUUUGCUCUUAAUGUCAAUAACUAGUAUUUAGAUUUUAGAUAAGGCUAAAAAUAUAAGUUAAGAUAUAAAACAAGUACCACAUUGUGAAACAAAGUAAUAAGAGCAUAUGAUAGAGAGCGCUUUAUUUAGAUCUUGGCAUGUUUUGUACUUCAGAAAAAAGUUCAGUUUCUUCAAGUGAGAAGUAGAAUCUUACCACUUUCAUGUAUAAUCAUAGUCAUACCAGAAGGGACAAAGAAUCAAGUUGUUGCUCCAUUUAGGAGCUUGUAUGUUAUA